GUGUCGGGUGACCUCGCGGCGCGCGCCGCUUCGACGGACGCGCGGGACUGUCUCUACUCGCUCAGGAUCGACGAGAGGACUGGUCGAGAAGGCGCCUUAUCUGACGCCCUCAAGUCGGUUGCAGAAUUGUGGAGUAGGACAGCUUCUACCAAGCACUCGCGGCACUGUGCGCUACAUCUGUGGCGACGACGUCGGGUGCUCAGCGGCAGCAGCGACCUUGUCCAGCGGCUCGCCAGCGAGGCCUCCAAGAAGCUGAACGGCGCAGGCCUCAGCGCGCGCGGUGGCGAGAAGGCUGGCCCGCAGGGCGUCGAUUUUGCAGCGAUGCUCGACGGG